CUACUGCCCGUCUCCUAGGCCACUAAACCGCGGCUGUGCCCCUGGAGUAAGGCAAGGGGGACUGUAGAGCGGAGCAGAGGCCUGAGCCAGACCAGGAACGACUUCCUCUCCCAGGUCUUCCUUCAGACACUGACAUGGCCCAGCUGGUGACAACAGAGUUGCUGCUCCUUCUGGCGGGGGUGGCCGCAGUGUGGGCAGCCCGGCCCAGGACUGAGCUUCUCAAUGUCUGUAUGGAUGCCAAGCACCACAAGGAAAAGCCAAGCCCAGAAGACGAGCUGCAUGAGCAGUGCAGCCCCUGGAAGAAGAAUUCCUGCUGCUUUGCCAACACCAGCCGGGAAGCCCAUAAGGACAUUUCCUACCUGUACAGAUUCAACUGGGACCACUGUGGACAGAUGGCACCCGCCUGCAAACAGCACUUCAUCCAGGACACCUGCCUCUAUGAGUGCUCCCCCAACCUGGGGCCCUGGAUCCAGCAGGUGAACCAGAGCUGGCGCAAAGAACGCAUCCUGAACGUGCCCCUGUGCAAGGAGGACUGUCAGCAAUGGUGGGAGGACUGUCGCACGUCCUACACCUGCAAGAGCAACUGGCACAAGGGCUGGAACUGGAGCUCAGGGCAUAACCGGUGCCCAGUGGGAGCUGCCUGCCACCACUUCCAUUUCUAUUUCCCCACGCCCGCAUCCCUGUGUGAGGGCAUCUGGAGCCACUCCUACAAACUCAGCAACUACAGCCGAGGGAGCGGCCGCUGCAUCCAGAUGUGGUUCGACCCGGCCCAGGGCAACCCCAACGAGGAGGUGGCCAGGUUCUAUGCCUUGGCCAUGAGUGCUGGGGCCAUGCCCCAUGGGAUUGGGCUUCUCCUGCUCAGCCUGGUCCCCAUGCUGCAACUCUGGUUGCUCAGCUGAGCUCCUUUUACCUUGUGAUACCUGCACAGCCCUGCCCUGUUCAGCCCCAUAGCUCCCAGCUAUUCACUUCCUGUUCCUUGGAUGGGGGUGGGGCUCUGCCCCACGUUUGAAUAAACCAGACACCCAACGUGUA